UCGCCUUCUGCAAGUUCAAAGUCAUUCUGAAGCUCGAUUUUCGUUCCUUCGCAAUGGUCAUACUGACGCCGAGGCUCGGCCAUGAAGACGUGUCUCUCUUUAGCGGGAACCAAACAAGAGUACUGCUGUGAAUCAACACACAAUGUCAAACCCUUUGGAACGCUACAACAUUCGCAAAGCCACAGAAGAAGAUUUGCCUGCUAUCACUGAGAUCUACAACGAACGUAUUGCCAACUCUACGGGCUUGUUUAUUUAUGAACCUGUGACAAUCGAAUAUAUGAAGAAAUGGCUAGCGAACUCGCGGGAACUGGGCUACCCCGCUAUUGUAGCAGUCGAAAAGACCACGGGUCAAACUAUUGCCUAUGCUUAUUUGGGUACUUUCCGAUCCAAGCCUGCAUACAACUUAUCAGCAGAAAUCACCGUGUAUAUCCAUUUGGAUCAUCAUCGCCAGGGUUUAGGUCGCUUAUUAUCUCUUGAGAUGCUCCGAAUUGCACGAGAUUUGAAGUUUAAAACAAUUAUUGCGGGUAUCACCUCUGAGAACACACCUUCGAUUGGUCUGUUCAAGUCGCUUGGUUUUGGUGAUGCGGGCACCUUUCAUAAUUGUGGAUACAAGUUUGGCCGAUUCUUGGAUGUCACGUUCCUUGAAUACUAUAUCCCAGAGACGGAAGGCCCGGGCGAACACGGUGGCAUCCCCACAUUUGUCCCGUUCCCAUGGGACACAUACACAUUUGGUCAGAGCUCAUAGAUAAAUCAAGUAAUAACAAUAAUAAUAAAAAAGAGAGAAAGUUUGUUACCUGCUACGCACUUUUUUUACCGCACG